GUCCUAAAGAGUGAAGACCUUGCAUAUAUCCGGGAAAAAUAUCUCCGAUUCGUCUCUCUCUCUCUCUCUCUGCAGUUUUCUACAGGGCUCCGAGGAUCUGAUGGAUCGUGCACAGUUGCUAUUGGUGGGGCUACCCCUCUUCCUCUUCUGCUCGGACAUCGUCAGCCUCUUUUCUCCGCCGCCUGCUAAACCCGCCACCACCCCCCUUCACCACCAUCACCAUCACCACCACCAGUCAAAUUCCCCGCCACUGAUCCAACAACAGCAACAACAGUCGUCCCUCGAGUUCCCGUCUCAGAAAGCUAGUGGGAUUGGCAUUGGAAAUACUGUCAAAAUUGACUUCUGUUCCUCUUGUUCUUAUAGAGGAACUGCAGUGACGAUGAAGAAUAUGUUAGAAACUCAGUAUCCUGGCAUCAAUGUCAUUCUUGCAAAUUACCCUCCUCCACUUCCAAAACGUUUGUUAAGCAAACUGGUACCAAUUGUUCAAUUUGGAAUGAUUGGUAUUAUAGUGGCCGGUGAACAAAUUUUUCCAAGGUUGGGCUUUGCUGUGCCACCUUCCUGGUACUAUUCUCUGCGUGCAAAUAAAUUUGGAAGUAUGGCAAGCACUUGGCUACUUGGAAAUUUCGUUCAAUCCUUUCUGCAGAGUUCUGGGGCUUUUGAAGUAUACUGUAAUGAUGAAUUGGUGUUCUCUAAACUCAAGGAGAACAGAUUCCCCGGGGAAAUCGAGUUGAAGGACCUUGUUGGGAGAAGGGUUGCUAAUUCAAGAGUGAUAGAUGGUGAAUACUGGUCCUGAAAGGAAGGGUGUAAUAGUUAAGUAGGAGUAUGUUUCUUGGAUUUCUAGUUUUAGUUUUACUUUUCAAUGCAGUGCUGUGAUUUUAUUUUAACCUACUUAAAAUACAGUUUCUAGAAAAAUAAAUUAUAAUAGCAGCUGAACUUCAUUCCUAUAUAAUUGAUGCUGGCUUUGUGAAUUCUUUUCAUGAGGGCACUAAAGUACUACCAUGCUUAAAUUGAACUA